GCGCUGAUGUUCAAUAACGAACUCAUGGCUGACGUUCACUUCAUCGUGGGCCCGCCGGGCGCAUCCAAGAAAGUUCCUGCCCAUAAGUAUGUUUUGGCAGUUGGUAGCUCUGUCUUCUACGCUAUGUUUUAUGGCGAUCUCGCAGAGGUCAAAUCUGAAAUCCAUAUACCAGAUGUGGAACCUGCAGCCUUUCUAAUCCUAUUAAAAUACAUGUAUAGUGAUGAAAUAGACCUGGAAGCUGACACAGUUCUGGCUACGCUGUAUGCUGCCAAGAAGUACAUCGUGCCGGCCCUAGCAAAGGCUUGCGUCAAUUUUCUGGAGACCAGUUUAGAAGCGAAGAACGCUUGUGUCCUGCUGUCUCAGAGCAGGCUCUUCGAGGAGCCAGAGCUGACGCAGCGCUGCUGGGAAGUGAUUGAUGCUCAAGCAGAAAUGGCACUGAAGUCAGAGGGCUUCUGUGAGAUAGAUCAACAAACACUAGAGAUCAUUGUAACCCGGGAGGCACUCAACACCAAGGAAGUGGUAGUUUUCGAGGCUGUUCUCAACUGGGCAGAGGCUGAAUGCAAAAGGCAAGGGCUGCCUGUUACGCCACGCAACAAGAGGAAUGUAUUAGGAAAAGCUUUGUACUUGGUGCGGAUUCCGACCAUGACUCUGGAAGAGUUUGCCAACGGAGCUGCCCAGUCCGACAUCCUCACCCUUGAGGAAACUCACAACAUAUUCCUAUGGUACACAGCCGCAAAUAAACCCAAACUAGAGUUUCCGCUGACAAAAAGAAAAGGACUUGUACCUCAGCGAUGCCAUCGGUUUCAGUCAUCUGCAUAUCGCAGCAAUCAGUGGAGGUACCGAGGGCGGUGUGACAGUAUUCAGUUUGCCGUAGACAAACGGAUAUUUAUAGCAGGACUGGGAUUGUAUGGGUCAAGCUGUGGCAAAGCUGAAUACAGUGUCAAAAUCGAACUGAAGCGCUUAGGCGUUGUCCUUGCUCAAAAUCUGACAAAGUUUACCUCUGACGGCUCCAGUAACACUUUCUCUGUGUGGUUUGAACACCCUGUGCAGGUUGAGCAAGACACAUUUUACAAUGUAAGUGCUAUUCUUGAUGGUAAUGAACUCAGUUACUUUGGGCAAGAGGGAAUGACUGAAGUGCAGUGCGGGAAAGUGACCUUCCAGUUCCAGUGCUCCUCAGACAGUACUAACGGAACAGGAGUACAAGGAGGACAAAUACCUGAGCUCAUUUUCUACGCAUGAUGCAUUUCACCUUGAUUAUAUUCCAAUACUGCAAUGAUGCACACUAAGGGAUUUUUUUUUUUCCAGUUUUACUAUGAACUCUGCAGCAGUAUGGAAUGUUACGCUACUUACUUAUCUGCUACAUCAGGCUAUACAAAUAAGUGAAGGAAUGCUCUUGAAUUUAAUCUUAUUUUAUUUAUUCAUAAGCUAUUUGACUUAAUUAUUGAGACUGCAACUAGCAGAAAAAUGUUAAAUUUCGCACGUACUGUGCAUUUAUUUUGUAUAUAGAUAACUAACUUGCAGACUGCAGCUGACUUAAACAGAAUGUUCUAAACUAGAGCAGUUUAUGAAUCUGUGAAAUAUAAAAGAUUUUUACUUGCCCUAAA